AUGCCAAGGGACGGCGGUGAGGUGCGCCAUGAGCCCGCAUCGGAAGCGGGGUCUAUUGUCGCCGCCAACCUCACCACAAAUACGCACAUCACGCGUGUUGAUUCGGUUUCUCCCGUUCCAUCAGAGGUGUACAUUCCAAACCGACUUGGGAACAUGAAGUUGCACCUUGACGGUGAACUGAGGCGCGACCGCACGGCAGUUGAGAAGAUUGCACUGUACAAGGAAACGAAAUAUAAUAGCAUUAACGCAUUCAAUCGUUUUGUGACAUUCCUUCUUUGCCUACUUGCUCCUUCGGUUUUUUGCAUGGCGAUUGGUAUGUGCUCGACAGAGUGGAUUGUGACAUUGAAUCAUCUUCAGUAUCGGUCUAUGGGGCUGAUUUUCUCCUGCUAUGAAGGGGUUGUAGGGUUCUGCAUGCAACGCGGUAGCUCGAGGUAUCCACGUCAGCUGCGUGAUAGUCUGACGAAAGCGAUUAUAUGUGAGUCAUCUGAAUCCUUUGUGCGUGCGUACAUUAGUGCCAUGUGGAGCCUUGCUAUUGUACAGUUUUUUUGUAUUCUUUUGGGUAUUAUUGUGACAUUGCGGAUAGCAAGCCGCCCAACUCGCUCGCACAGCUCAUUGGUCGUGUUGUGUUUGCUUCUUUUAGCCUUACCAUGUGGUAUAGUGAACUGUGUGUUAUUUCACUUUUACACACGUUGUGAACGACGAGCGUGUGAGGCGUUGCACAGUCCCUCACCACAGUGUCGCGUUAGAUAUGACUGGGGGUUUGAUGUCUACAUUGCGUCUAUAUGCUUUAAUUUCGUUGCCUGCAUCACUGCUAUCUUCCUGUGUUCAUAUCCGCACUCCAUUCGUGCCCAGACCGCCCAAAAGUAUGAUGAGCGGAGGGAACAGGAGCGCCGUCGAAGAGAACGCGCGCAGACGAGCCACGGUGAGAGGAGCAGACAUAUGACUCGUUUUCUGCGUCCAAUACUUGGCGAGCCGGAGGAGCCGUUGUACCUCACCGCUGAGGAGCUUGAGAUUACCAUCGAUGGCGCCAAUGACUGGGUGUACGAUGACAAGAGCGACCUCUUUUACAGUUUUGAUUUGGACAUGUUUUGGGACCCACUGACGCGGGACUACUACAGUCGCGAAUUGUGCUCCUGGCAGGCCACACCGCAGGGUUUGCUGGAGCUGCGCAGGGCGAAGAGAAGCAGAAAUGACCGGUAA